CCCACUAGUACUCUUGCUACGCAGCACAGCACCCCUCACUCGAUCGUCUCACCGUCCCCUCCUUCCUCCUCCGGCGAGAUGCUCCUCUCCGAGCUCCCGAGUCCUUCCCGCCCAUGGCGCCUUCGCAUUUGAGAAGCCCAUUCCCCUUGCUCUCGUACCUCCCUCUCCCCGGCUCCCACACUACGCCCUUGCCGAGAAGACGCCACCUCUUCCUGCCCCCUUCCGCGACUCCGUCCGGCGACACCGCGCCUCCUCCGGCGAGGAGGUCGUCCCACCCGGACAAGGCGUCGGGUGAGGGCGAGUGGUGGAGGAAGGCGGUGCCGCCGGGACGCGCGGGCCCUCCAGCCCCGUCCCCGAGGAGCCGCUGUCGACGCCCCGGUGGAAGGCCAUGCGGCAGGCGCGCGCUGCGUGGCGGAAGGCCAUGUCAUUGGUGCCCAGCCCUGCUCAACCUGCUAGUCCUCAUAUUCGGUGAUCAUUGUUCCUUUCUUGGAUGGUAUUCUUGGAGCAGAAAUACCUGCAUAUACAUGACUUGGAGCAUGUUUAUCAGUUCUCGGGGUUGGUAUUCUGGAGUUAAGUGGUUCUCCACCAUGUGUAAGUCGACUAUCUACAUAAUCGAGCAUAUUUCCAGGAAAAUGAAGAAAGAAAAUUUCCUAGCCCUUGUUGUAUGUCAGGUCGUUGUCGUAGCUGUUGUCUUGGCAGUCUCAUUCAUUGUUAAAUGCUUCCUCCAGAAUGUGGUACCCUGGACGUUAAAAUCACGGACACCAACAGAGUUAUUCAGUAUGAUGUCAUCGUUUCCUUGGCUAGCAAUACUAUACACAGGCAUAAUCGCAACAACAUUUUGUUUAUGGGCAGAGAUUGUUGCUAUGCGUGAUGUAUCAGCUACGGAAACUGCAAUAAUUUAUGGUCUGGAACCAGUAUGGGGUGCUACUUUUGCAUGGGCAAUUCAUGGUGAGAGAUGGGACAUUACUGGACUUAUUGGAGCUGUCUUCAUCAUAGCCGGUAGCUUGAUGGUUCAGGUACUAGGGUCAUUUCUUGAUAUUGAUGUAUCAGAGGACAGUUACCAGAUGAACAGCUGAUUCACAAAUCGCAAAAAUACGAGGAUUUCAUGUGAUAACAUAUGAUCAGUACUGCAACGUAAUACACCAAGUAGCUAGCAUGACACUGCAACAAGAUCUAACUACAAUUAUGGCCAGUUGCACAAGGAAUGGAAAGCUCACUAGGCUGACAACAAUAGGGGUGGCUCACCAGUGGCCUGGGCAACUGAUGAAAACAAACUGUGGUGCGUGGUGACGUGGAGAACACAGCUACAGAAAAUGGGGAUGUGUAUAACUCGACUAAAUGCCUAGGAUAGUCUGAUUUCGUAUCAAAAACAUUCUAAAUACUGUUUUCUCUCAAUGUAAAUCAAUCCACAUGAUGUAGUAUGUAUAAUAGAUUAGUUCAUGCAGAUUCUGCAUCAACCUUUAUUUUAGUACGCUAUUGUUCAUUGUCAACUAGAUAUAUGUCCAUAAAA